UAAGGCUUGGGUAAGAUACUUGUACAUAUAUGGCUUGGGUAAGACACUUGUACAUAUAUGGCUUGGGUAAGAUACUUGUACAUAUAUGGCUUGGGUAAGAUACUUGUACAUAUAAGGCUUGGGUAAGAUACUUGUACAUAUAUGGCUUGGGUAAGAUACUUGUACAUAUAAGGCUUGGGUAAGACACUUGUACAUAUAAGGCUUGGGUAAGAUACUUGUACAUAUAUGGCUUGGGUAAGAUACUUGUACAUAUAUGGCUUGGGUAAGAUACUUGUACAUAUAUGGCUUGGGUAAGAUACUUGUACAUAUAUGGCUUGGGUUCAUUUCUAAAUUGGAGGAUGCUCACUCUUUCCGCUCUUCCUGCUCCCACUCUUCUAUUUCUUUUCUCUUUUAUUAUCCCGGAGACUCCUCGUUUUCUCAUGAUGAAAAAGAGGAAAAUAGAAGCAAAAGAGGUUCUUCAGUGGCUUAGGGGAGAUGAUGUGGAUAUCAAAGAAGAAUAUUUUGAACUUGAAAAAAGCUUGAGUUGUGAUGUUGAAUUUGCAUCUUGGCCGGAAGUAAUAACAGAUCGAACUUUGCGAACACCCAUGUUGUUAUCGUUAGCUGCCAUGUACUUUCAACAGAUGAGUGGAAUCAACUGUGUUAUGUUCUACGCAAAGUCCAUAUUCCAUAGUGCAGGGUUUGUUACUUCAUCCCAACUUACAAUGGCAUUACUAGUGGUGGCCUCUGUUCAAGUCAUCUUCACUUUCGUAUCGUGUUUGAUUGUAGACUGCAUUGGACGGAAACUGUCAAUCAUUGUGGCUGCUGUUCUUAUGUCCAUAAGCCUCAUUGCAUUUGGAUUGUAUUACCAAAUCACAUCUAAUUAUCAAUGGCAUAAUGUUGCUAAGACAGGCAUCACCAGCCCGAAUCUGAACUGGCUGGCUUUAACUAGCAUGACAAUAUUCAUAGCAUCUUAUUCUGUUGGUAUUGGUCCUAUAGCCUGGUUAUUGGUGGGUGAGAUUAUACCAGUACGAGCACGAGAACGAGCUGCGGCUUUGUCAACUGGCUUUAACUUCUUUUUAGUCUUCAUUCUGACGUUGGAGUUUUCAAAUAUGAUCAGUGCUAUGACAUCACAAGGAACAUUCUGGUUCUUCGGCGCUAACUGUAUUCUGUCAAUCGUAUUCACUGUAGUGUGGCUGCCGGAGACAAACGGAAGAUCUUUAGAGGAAAUUGAAGAUUACUUCCGCCGGAAAUGACAUUUUAACCAUAAUUCGCGCGAUAUUUAUCGAAUAUUCAGAUUUAACAUUUUCUAAAAUAAAUGAUAAGAUUAUA